AUGAGUUCGUUCGCAUCGCAAGAUUCUCUUUCUGUCGAACAUGACAAACCAUCAGUAUCGCCUCGUGUAUCUAUAUUAUUUGAUCCCGAUAUCAUUAGCCAUUUAGCAAAAGUCUCAGCAGCAGCAAUAGAAGAAGAAGAAGUUGUUAGACCAGAAGAUAAUGCAACACCAAUUGAAAGUAUUAUUAGAGCUGAAAUUGAAGAGAAAAUAAAUCGUUACAAUCAACAGAAUGAAUUUCAAAUAUGCUUAUUUAAGCAUAAUAUGGCUAUAUCUGCAUUAAAAGCGAAGCGUUAUAAUAAUAAUCGUACCUAA